CCUUUCUCUACUCUUUUAUAGCUCAGCUUUCUUUGUCUACCUUUCAUUUUGUUUUCUUGGAAAUACUUGUCAAAAUGGGGUUUAUAAUAGAAAAACAAAUGGUUUUUCUUGGUCUUGUGGUUCUCUUUCCUUUACUUUGUACCUCUAUGAACACCUUUACGAGCUCCAGAGCAACCUAUUAUGGUAGCCAUGAUGGCUAUGGAACUUCAAGUGGUGCCUGUGGGUUUGGAGAAUAUGGAAGGACUGUCAAUUAUGGCAAUGUUGCAGGAGUUUCUAGGCUGUACAGGAAUGGAACUGGCUGUGGUGCUUGUUAUCAGGUUAGGUGCACAAAUCCUCAAUAUUGCACUCGUGGUGGGGUGAACAUAGUGGUGACUGACUAUGGUGAAGGAGACAGAACAGAUUUCAUCCUCAGCACAAAAGCGUACACAAAGUUGGCAAAGCCAAACUUGGCCCAGGAGUUGUUGGCUCAUGGUGUUGUUGAUGUCGAAUACAAAAGGAUCUCUUGCAAGUACUAUGGUUACAAUCUCAUGUUCAAGGUCCAUGAGCAUAGUAGAUAUCCAGAAUACUUGGCCAUAAUCAUUCUAUACGCAGCAGGACAAAAUGACAUCACAGCCGUGGAGUUGGGGCAGGAGGAUGACGAUGAAUGGAGGCCUAUGAGAAGAGCCUGGGGGGCAGUAUUUGACAUGCCUAACCCACCAGAAGGUUCUAUAGACUUGAAGUUCCAAGUGAAAGGAAGUAAUGGCCAUGACUGGGUCCAGUCUAACAAUGCCAUCCCUAGUAAUUGGAAAGCUGGUGGUGUCUAUGAUUCAACCAUUCAGCUUAAUUAGAUGGAGUUUAGUGUGUGUGUGUGUGUGUAUGUGUGUGUGUAUGUAUGUAUUUAUAUAUAUAUAUAUAUAUAUAUAUAUACCAUGUUUUCAGUUGCUUGUGUUUGGUAUGCUAUAUAGUGUGGUAGAGUUGGGUGCAGUUCCUCUACUGCCUUUGCUCAAAAAAUAAUUAGAUUUGUGCUUUCAUAUAGUAACGAAAGUUCCAAAUCUUUGGAUCU